AUGACAGCUACAUUGAACGGGGUGUUCAAUUCGUCUCCUGACACACCCUCUACUAUCUACCCUGAUCGUCUCAUCCGUCCUCUACCUAGACGGACCCUCCGUUCACGCCUUUCUUCCGAUGCUGCCGACACCCUAUUCUAUCCUCCUACACCGCCGGCAUCCCAGAUAUUCUAUGGCGUCUCUGCGGAUUCUGAAGAAGCGGUGAAUGAAUCCAAAGUUUAUGUGCAGCAGACCGUGGAGACUGAGUUGUCACCAGAGGUUGACAGUCAUGAAUUUGAGACAUCAAUAGAGUUGGAGAGCGGUGAUGAAGGCGGUCCGAUUGUUGUUCGGAGGAGUGGUGUUAUCCGGAGAUCUUCGCUGUCACCUCCCGUGUCUGGCACUUCACACAGUUUCCCUCACGACACACCGCACACAAAAUCUUCAACAGGGGACGGUUACGACGCGUUUGAGAAUACCAACAACAAGAAAAAGAGAAAGAUACCUACCCCUGGAAACUUAGGAGGGCAUCAUUCAGCUUUGUCUCCGGAGUUCGCCAGUAUGGGGUUGGCCAGCUCAACCCCCGUACGGGUUCCCACCCCCACUGACGCCACUGGCACAUAUUAUGGGAGUGGGAACCCUGCGUCCCCUUUGGGGAGCGGGAUAUCUGGUUCAGGAAGAGGUCGAUUGGGGCGUCCUACUGUUCGUAGCAACAGCAGGAAUCCGUUAUCGCCCAAUGCUCAGCACGGUUGGUUGAAUGCCCGGACGCCCAACCGGCGGGACGGGUUGAUGCCUUCCCCUGGCCCUUCUGGUGAAUCCACUUCUGACCAGGGAAUUAUCUCGACCGCGAUCGCCAAUGCCGCAACACACUCCUCUCCACCUCAAGGUCCCAGCAAUGUCAGCCUGUUGGAGAAAGAAAAAGAGAAAGAGAAGGAAAAUACCACUCCUACUAAGACCCAAUUCACUUUUACAUGUGAGUCUGAUUCGUCCAAGGGCAUGGCGAUGCAACGAAAUUAUUCAAUCCCUUAUCGAUCCCCCACUUCACCACUCGGUCCGGCAGGUCAAAAACAGAGGGGUUUCUCCACACAUGUGACACAAACUAGCCCCCUGAACAGCAACCAGGCCCCACCCGGUACGCAAACACCCGCUCAAAGCGGAGAGCCAACUCCCGUGGGACCCAAGAAGAAACGGUCUCCAAGCAGCACAUAUGCACUAUCUGCACGUCAACGCAAGAUCCAACAACAAUACACCAACUUUCACCAUCCCCCGAGUCUCGAGGACAUCUGGAUUUGUGAAUUCUGUGAAUAUGAGAGCAUCUUUGGGCAUCCACCCGAAGCCCUGAUCCGACAGUAUGAGAUGAAAGACCGCAAAGAGCGCAAGCGACUGGCGGAGAAGAAGCGACUUUUGGAAAAGGCUAAGAUGAAGGGUCGCAAGACCAAGAAGGCGACCAAGAACGCAUUGAAGAAUGACUCUCACCAUCCUUACCAGCAGGGAUACGACCGCGCUUCAGUGGACCACUCCUCCUCUGGCGGUGGGUCAGGUCUCCCCGACGAUGAGUACCAAGGACAUGAAUAUGAUGAUGAUGAAAGUUCGCCUAUCCCACCUUCCGCCCCUGCGCCCCCUUCCGACCUCCGGCCUCCACUACCCACUGGAAAUCAUCCGAAGAUCACUGCGUCUGUUCAUGGCCUUAAGGGUGCUGCGGAUUCUGGAGCAAGCCGACCGGCAUAG